ACAAGGGACACAAGGGGACACAAAAGACACAGGGGACACAAAGCACACAAGAGGAAACAUGGGACACAAGGGACACAAGUGGAAAUAAGGGACACAGGGGACACAAAGGGAGACAGGGACAUAAUUGAAGACCAGGGACACAGAGGACACAGGGGACACGUGAGACAAGGGGACACAACGGACACAGGGGACACAAUAGACAAAAGGGACACAGGGAACCCAAGGAGAUACAGGAGUCACAAGUUACACAGGGGACACAAGGGACACAGCAGACACAAAGGACAUAGGAGACACAGGGGCACAAGGGACACAGGGAAACAAAAUGGAGGCAGGGGACUUAGGGAACACAAGGGAGACAGGGAAGACAGGAGACAAUCAACUCAAGGGGACACAUGGGACACAAGGGGAAACCAGGUAUGCAGGGGUCACAAGGGACACGGGGGACACAAGUGACACAGGCGACUCUAGGGACUCAGGGGACACAGGGAACACAAGGGACACAGGGGACACAAAAGUACAAAAGGGAUGCAAGGAGACACAAGCAACACAAGGGACACAAAGGGACACAGGGUACACAAGGGAUACAAGGGAUACUAGGGGACACAAGGGAGACAGGAGACUCAGUGCACACAAGGGACACAGCGGACACAAGGGACAUAGGAGACAGAGGGGACACAGGGAACACAGGGUACACAAAGGAAUAGAGGGGAGACAAGGAGACAAGAGACGCAGGGGACACGGGGAAACACAAGGGAGUCAGGGGACUCAGGGGACACAAUUGAAAACAAGGGAGACUGGAGACACAGUCAACACAAGGGGACACAGGGGAGACAAGGGGACACCAGGUACACAGGGGUCACAAGGGACAGGGGACAAAACUUGACCUAGGGGACACAAGGGAGGCAGAGGACAGAACUGACACACUGGACUAUAGGGACUUAGAGGACACAAAGGAACACAGGGGACAGAAAGGUACAAAAGGGACACAAGGGAACACAGGGAACACAAAGAAACAGAAAGGUAGCAGGGGACACAAGGGGUCAUGGGCGACACAAGGGGACAUUGGGAACACAGGUAUUACAACGGACACAAUAGGGCACAUGGGACACAAGGGGGCAAAAGGAACACAAGGGUACACUGGGGACACAAGGGAUACAAGGGACACAAGGGGACAAAAGCAAUACAGGAGACUCAUGGCACACAAGGGACAUAGGGGCUCCAUGGGACACUGGAGACACAAGGGACACAGGGGACAAAGGAGACACAAGGGACACAAGGGGACACAUGGGAUGCAGGGGACUUAUGGGACACAAGGAACACAGGGGACACAAGAGACAUAGGGGACACAGGGAACAAAGAGGACACCGGGAACACAUGUGUUACAAGGGACGUAAGUUGACCCAAGGAACACAGGGGACACAAGAAACAAAGGGGAUCCAGGGGACACAAGGGACACGAUGGACACAGGGCAGAGAAGAGACCCAAUGGACACAGGGUCACUUGGGGACACAAGAGACACAAUGGGAUACAAGGGACGCAAGGGGACACAAGGGACACAGGAGACUCAGGGCACACAAGGGACACAAGGGACACAGGGGCUCCAUGGGACACAAGGGACACAGGGGACAGAAGGGACACAAGGGGACACAUUAGACGCAGGUGACACAACUGGAACAAAGAAACAAAAAGGUACACAGGGGACACAAGGGGAUAUAGGGAACACAAGGGAUACAGGGGACAGAAAGGACAAAGGGUCUCCAUGGAACACAGGAGACACAGGGGACACAAGGGACAGAGGGUCUCCAUGGGACACAGGAGACACAAGGGACACAAGGGGACACAUGGGACGGAGGUGACACGAGGGACACAGGAGACAAGGGACACAAAGGGACAUAGGGGACACAAGGGAUACAGGAGAGUCAUGGAACAGAGGGAACACAAGGGACACAUUAGACACAAGGAAGACAGGGGACACAAGGCACACAAGAGGACACAUAGGACCAAGGAGUCACAAGGGAGACAAGGGGACAUAAGAGACACAGGGGACACAGAGGACAUAAAGGGACACUGGGGAUACAUGGGACACAGGGGACACAGGAAACUCAAAGGGACACAGGGGACACAACGGACACAUGGGACACAAAGGUACAAAAGGGACACAAGGGGACACAGGGAACACAAAGGGAUACAGGGGACACAAAUAUACACAGGGUCACAAGAAUACACGCGGAACACAAAGGGACAUAGGGAACACAAGGGAUACAUGGGACACAAAGGGACACAGAGUACACAAAGGGACUAAGGUGGACACAAGGGGACACAGGGAAGACAAGAGACACAGGGGAGAGAAAGGGACACAGAGAACACAGGGGACACAGGGAAGACAAGAGACACAGGGCAGAGAAAGGGACACAGAGGACACAGGGGACACAAAGGGACACAGGGGACACAAGGGGGCACAAGGGACACAGGGGGCAC